AUGGCAAAUCAGAAACAAGGCAGUUUGGAUAUGUUCGAGCAGACACCAGCCACCUUUCAACAAGCAAAUGAAUUAAAUCGUAUAAAAAUUGAAGAGACGCAAGAUAUAUCUGUCAUUUGGCUUGACACUCACAUUCACAGCAGUAAUCCAGAUUAUCAAAAUGCAAUCAGACAUCUUCAAAACAUUGUCAAUGAUAUUUAUACAUUCACCGAUAAUGAUGAAUGUAUUGAUUUUAUUCUCACUCUCACCGACACAGAUGUUUGUUUGAUCACGUCAGGAUCAGUUGGACAACGUCUUUUACCUUGUGUACAUAAUAUUUCAAACAUCGAUUCGAUCUUCAUUUUUUGUGAUGACCAAAAUCGACACGAACAAUGGGCCAAAAACUGGUGCAAAGUGAAGAGUGUUUCCAUUGAUAUUAUACAUAUUUGUGAACAAUUAAAGAAAAUCAUUCGUCGAUAUGAACUCACUGCUAUUCCUAUGAGUUUUGUACAAUCUGGCAAACGAUUUGAUCGACUAGAGCCAUCAUUUAUGUACACAAAGAUCAUCAAAGAAAUACUUUUAACAAUUCAAUUUGAGGAUAAACACAUCAAACAGUUCGUGAAGUAUUGCUGUGAUAAUUUCGUUGAUACUGAAGUCGAGCGAAAGAAAGUGAAACAACUGGAAGACGAAUAUCAUCAGCACACAGCUAUUUGGUGGUAUACAACACAAAGAUUUUUAUACGGUAUGCUGAACCGUGCAUUACGAGUGAUGGAUGGUGAAGUGAUCACAUUGAUGGGCUUUUUCAUCAGUGACCUUCAUCGACAUAUUGAAGAAUUGCACAAGCAGCAGUUUGGCGAUGCAUCACCUACUGCUAAAUGCUGUACAGUUUACCGUGGUCAAGGUUUAACGAAGAAAGAUUUUGAUCAAUUGGUGGCAACGAAGGGUGGGCUGAUGUCAUUCAAUAAUUUCCUAUCUACCAGUGAGAAUCGCGACGUUUCUUUUAUGUUUACUCCAGAAAAUCGAAAGAACAGUGAUGUGAUCGGUGUUCUAUUUGUGAUCACAAUUGAUCCAAAGCAAUCAACAACGUCAUUUGCUUCGGUUCGCCACAUCAGUCAUUUUCCCGAAGAAGAAGAGGUACUGUUUUCGAUGCACAGUAUAUUUCGCAUUAGGGAUGUUAAGCCCAUCGAUGGGAAUGAGAAAAUGUAUGAAGUGGCGUUGUCAUUGACGAGUGACAAUGACGAAGAAUUGAUGGUACUUACUGAACAGAUUCGAAAAGAAAGCUUUCCAAAUGCCGAGGGCUGGUCGCGACUGAGCCAAGUACUCGCUGACAUAGCACAGUCAGACAUUGCUGAACGAAUCUGUCGAGUUCUAAUUGAUGAAACGCCUUCUGAAGACUCUGCAAGCCAUGUCUAUAAUCGCCUGGGUAAGAUUAAACGCCAGAGAGGGCAAUAUGAGGAGGCAAUAACACUUUUUCGAAAAUCUCUUGAACUUCGCUUGAUGUCAUCUUCUCCCAAUCAUCCAGAUGUGGCUUCAUCCUACAACAACAUCGGUAAUGCGUAUUCUGACAUGGGUGAUUAUCCCAAGGCACUUUCAUCAUACGAACAAGCUCUCAAAAUACGAGAACAAUCACUUCCUCCCAAUCAUCCAGAUGUGGGUUCAUCCUACAGCAACAUCGGUGCAGCGUAUUCUGACAUGGGUGAUUAUUCCAAGGCACUUUCAUCAUAUGAGCAAGCUCUCAAAAUUCAACUACAAUCACUUCCUCCCAAUCAUCCAGAUGUGGCUUCAUCCUACAACAACAUCGGUGCAGCGUAUCGCAACAUGGGUGAUUAUCCCAAGGCACUUUCAUCAUGUGAACAAGCUCUCAAAAUACGAGAACAAUCACUUCCUCCCAAUCAUCCUCAUGUGGCUUCAUCCUACAACAACAUCGGUGCAGCGUAUCGCAACAUGGGUGAUUAUCCCAAGGCACUUUCAUCAUAUGAACAAGCUCUCAAAAUUCAACUACAAUUACUUCCUCCCAAUCAUCCUCAUGUGGCUUCAUCCUACAACAACAUCGGUAAUGCGUAUUACAACAUGGGUGAUUAUCCCAAGGCACUUUCAUCAUAUGAACAAGCUCUCAAAAUUCAACUACAAUUACUUCCUCCCAAUCAUCCAGAUGUGGCUUCAUCCUACAACAACAUCGGUAAUGCGUAUUCUGACAUGGGUGAUUAUCCCAAGGCACUUUCAUCAUACGAACGCGCUCUCAAAAUACGAGAACAAUCACUUCCUCCCAAUCAUCCAGAUGUGGCUUCAUCCUACAACAACAUCGGUGCAGCGUAUUCUGGCAUGGGUGAUUAUUCCAAGGCACUUUCAUCACAUGAACACGCUCUCAAAAUACGAGAACAAUCACUUCCUCCCAAUCAUCCAGAUGUGGCUUCAUCCUACAACAACAUCGGUAAUGCGUAUCGCAACAUGGGUGAUUAUCCCAAGGCACUUUCAUCAUACGAACAAGCUCUCAAAAUACGAGAACAAUCACUUCCUCCCAAUCACCCAGAUGUGGCUUCAUCCUACAACAACAUCGGUGCAGCGUAUUCUGACAUGGGUGAUUAUCCCAAGGCACUUUCAUCAUAUGAACGCGCUCUCAAAAUACGAGAACAAUCACUUCCUCCCAAUCAUCCAGAUGUGGCUUCAUCCUACAACAACAUCGGUGCAGCGUAUCGCAACAUGGGUGAUUAUCCCAAUGCACUUUCAUCACAUGAACGCGCUCUCAAAAUACGAGAACAAUCACUUCCUCCCAAUCAUCCAGAUGUGGCUUCAUCCUACAACAACAUCGGUAAUGCGUAUCGCAACAUGGGUGAUUAUCCCAAGGCACUUUCAUCAUACGAACAAGCUCUCAAAAUACGAGAACAAUCACUUCCUCCCAAUCACCCAGAUGUGGCUUCAUCCUACAACAACAUCGGUAAUGCGUAUUCUGACAUUGGCAAUCAAAGGACUGCAGUAUUGUUUUACACAAAUGCGGUUCAAAUCGCUGAAAAAGUUUUACCAGCGACACAUCCUCAACUUCAAUUGAUUAAAAGUAACUUGGAAGGAGAAAGAGCGAAACGGAAACUAAGUUUUGCAUGUUGCUUUGGACGGAAGUCUGUUUCGAGACGUUUUGGAUUUGUGAAUGAGCUUCGCCCGCUGAAUUAG